AGAGACUGUUUCCGGUUCCGGGUCGAGGUUCAGCAGGCCCCGGGUUUGAGUGGAAGCAGUGCGAUCGCCCGGCGCCGAUGCAGCCUGCGGCUCAGUAGGUGCGGGUGUCGGCGAGGGAGUGGCUUAUCGUCUCCAUUUAACACUUGCUCUUUUAACAUAAGCAGGGGCAGAUGGCGAGAAACACACUCUCCAACAGGUUCCGGAAAGUCGACGUUGACGAGUACGAUGAGAACAAGUUUGUGGAUGAGCAGGAGGAGGCGGUGGAGCAGCAGGGGCCCGACUCGCUGGAAGUGGACACUCUCAUCAGGCAAGGUGAUAUGCUUAGUGCGUUCCAUGCAGCAUUAAGAAAUCCUCCAGUCAACAUGAAGAAUCAAGCAGUUAAGGAACGGGCACAGGCAAUAGUUCUCAAAGUCCUUACAUCCUUUAAAAGUAGUGAGAUAGAACAGGCUGUUAAAUCAUUAGAUAGAAAUGGUGUCGACCUAUUAAUGAAGUACAUUUAUAAAGGUUUUGAAAAACCCACAGAAAACAGCAGUGCAAUAUUGCUGCAGUGGCAUGAAAAGGCAUUAGCAGUGGGUGGAGUAGGUUGCAUAGUAAGAGUUCUCACUGCAAGAAAAACAGUUUAAAAAGUUACAUGAUGGAUUGACUUGAUGAGGACUGAAAGCUGUUGGAAAGUGUGACGAAGCAACAGCAAAAGAAAUAUUUGAAUCCAUUCUUUAAAGAUUAAUUCAUACUAAACGAAAUUAUUUUGAAAAAUCACCUUGGAAUGCUCUUAUCUCAAUAGGUUGUGGUGGCAAGUUUGCAUUACUGUAUGUUUUGGCAAAGUUUGACAUGCAAGGUCUUGCACGUUCUCAGUUCUCUUAGAAUUUUUGUUUUUACCUUUUUAAAAUCUGUUGAGAAACCAAAUAGUGUGGCUAAUAAAGGUACAUUUACAUGAUGGGAAACCAACUGACGUGCAUUUUACCCUGAAUUGUUAGGCCACAUGGUGGACUAUUAGGACUUCAUUGUCACUAUAUGCAGUAUUAUAACUUUUUUUAUUUCUUUUGGGUCACUUUCAUAUUGUCUUUUGUACAGUUAUUGGAUACUUGGUAUGAUAAAUAUGGCAAUAGUAUUAGUUGAACUACCAGGGAUGAAUUUAUUGUGAAGUGCCUGCUGCAAAAUAAAGCUCUUGGAUCAUCAUCUGA